AUGUCUAGAGAACUAGAGCGAGACUUUCUCAAUCUUUCGACUUGGAACUAUAAAUCUCAAAAUCAAGAAGUCAUUCAGCUUCCCCUAGCUCAAGAAUUCAAGCUCAUGCUGGUUGAUCAGUAUCCAUUUAGUUCUGAGAAACUGAUCGGAGUCUGGUACAUUUCUUCUCUAUAUCACGCUUGGUCAACAUUGGUGAAAAGUCAUCAAGUUAAGCAAGAUUAUGACAAUGAUGAUGAUGGCUUCGACUUCUCUGACACUGACGAAGGUAUUUUAAAAGAAGGACCUAACAAUUUUAAGCAUAAAAAGAUGAUGAAUCAGCACGAACUAAUACCUGUGACUACAAUGGAGCAUACUCAAUUCCAGCAAAGUUUGCAACAAUAGACUUAAUUCAGCAUGACUCAAAAUAAUUAGAGAUCAGCAUCACCUUAAAAGUAAUAGCUUGACAUUAGACCUGAAAAAUUGUCUGCUUUUGGCUAGUCAAACACUAUAGAUUACGCUUAGCAACAGUAAAAUUCAAAAGUCUUUUAGGAUAAAUCAAAUGGAUAUUAGAAUCAUACUUUUGAUAAAACACUUGCAAAAUAAUCUUAGAUUAGUAAUCUCCUAGUCGGAUCAAAGAGUUAAAGUUUCUUACACUCAAAGAGAAAUACUACAGAGAUAGGAAAUAACACAGAUUAGAGUAAAUUUCUUAUAAACUACAAUCAAAAUCAAACUAUAAGUCAUCCUGAGAAUAUCCAUCAUUAACACAACAAAAGCUAUCAGCCUGAAGCUGAUUUUCGCAAAGCUUAUAAAAAGCUGGAAUAAUAGAUGAAAGUUACAAGUUCCCUUUUAGCUCCAGUAGCUUAAACUUAAAGAUAAGGUUAGAAGUUUGAUCAUCAAGGCAAGACCUUUGACAGAUAAAGCUAAUCAUAUGGAAAUGGGAAUUAAAACAGCCAUCAAAAUGACAAAAAGUUUAAUGUGAAUGAAUUUAUUCAGAAAAAUAUAGAUUUUGAGGAGAAAAAGAAACAAAGACUUGUCCAACUAUAAGAAUAGCAAGAAUUACAAGACUUAGAGCAAUGCACUUUCGAACCGAAUAAGCAUAGAUCUCAAAGUGGCAAUAGAAAUGGUAAAAGAUAAAAUCAACAUAGGAAUCCUGAAUAGUUCUUAGAAGAUUAAGCUAAGAAGGAGGAAGAAAGGCAAAUUAGAUUAAACAUGCAAGCAGAGAUGAUAAUGGCGAAGCAAUAAGAGCAGUUAAAAGCUGCUCCCAGGAUUAAUGAUAAGUCCAAGAAGUUAUUGGAGAAGUAGAAAUUAUAAAGACCUUAAUAAAAUGAAAUAGAAGUUCAUUAAAGACUAUAUGCUCAAAACAAUAAGUAGAAGCUUUAAUAAGUUCUUCUAGCCAAUUAAGAUAUGGGUAGAAAUACUGAAAAAAGCCAAUUUGAGGGAAGUAUUUCCUAGAAUACUAACUUAAGUUUCAGACCAAAGAUUCAUAAAAAGUCCUAACUCAUUAAAAGAGACAAACCGAUUGAAGAUCAUUUAUAUGAUGAUGCUAAAAUGAGAAAGUAAAAAAAAGAAAAUAAAAUAUAAGAGGCCUCUAUUUAAGAAUAAUAUGCAUUGCAAAUGAUGUCUAGCAAGCAAUUAAGCGCAAAUUCUGAGAAAUAUUUUAUUCAGAAAUUUACUAAAGAAAUUAUCAGACAAUGGUAGACUUUACCCCUAGAUGAGAUAUCUUAGAGUAAUGAGACUCUAAACUAUUUGAUUUACAAGGAAUUCAUGGUAAGAUUGGGGUUUAUGGCUGAGAAACAUCUGAGUACAUCCUAAAGAGAAAAUGAUUCAUUGGAUUAGGAGAAAAGCAUUGUUUAUGAUCUAUGGAAAUAUCUAGGUGGAGAGGUUUAUAGUCAUAUUACAUUAAACAACCUAAGAAUAUUCCUCCUAGCUAUUAUGGGCACCUAUUUAGAACCUGGUUUGAAUAAGAAUGAGUAAGAGCUAAGGAAAGUACCAGGGACUUUAUAUGGAGAAUUUAAUUCUUCUGGAGAUUUAUUCUUGGAACUUAAUGAAAUUUCUCUUAUAUAAAAAGAGUUCCAUCAGCUGUAUUUAAAUAGAACACAAUUUGAGAGCAAAUAAAGAACUCUUAGAAAGUAAGAUAUGAUGAAUCUUCAAGAGUUUGAGUUCAAGCCAACUGUAAAUAAUAUUUCUAAGGAUAUAGCCUUGAAAUAUAGAGAGAAAUUAGAAGAGGUAUGUCAAGCAAAGCUCACUUCAAUAGAUUGGCUAAUUCAACCAGCUAAAAAUCCGAAAUGGCAGGAGACAGCCAAAGAGAUAGUUGAGCAAGAAUAAUUAAAAGAGUGCACCUUUAAACCAGAAGUGAGUACUUAUAGAAGGGACUCAAACAGAGGUAAAAGCCAAGAACUUAUGCAAAAUUUCAAUAAAAGAAAGGAUUCUUCUCAAAGUGCGGCUAAAAUAAGGAGUAGAGAGCUUAUGCCGAACUCUGGGAAUAAAUUCAAUGAUCUAUUCGAACUUAGCAAAAAGCUCUUGCCCAAAAAGGAGAAGAUGGACAAGUCAAAUGCUGACUAUGAAUUCGAGAGAAUGAAGGAUGAGCUGACUUUUCACCCAUAAAUAAUAUAAAGCUAAGAGAAUAGCUAUUUCAAGAAUCCAAAUUAGUCAAUGAUAACAAGCAAGAGCGUAACUAACAUAAGGGGAUCCUAAUAAACGAUACAGAGAUUAUAGAAAGCCAGAGAUGAAAAAGAGCAACUAAGACUUUUGAAUGAAUCAGGAAGACAUAGAAAUGAAAGUUAAAGCAAUAGAAAGGCAAGUCCUCACAGAAAUCAAUCUGAAAGCAGACAGCAAUCCACGACUGUUAAGCCUAAAAAAUUUAAUAAGGGGAACAUAUCAAUGUUAAGUAGCUCAGCUAAUGAUAAAAUCGAAUAUGCCCAGUCAAAUUAAAAAUACCAAGACCAUGACACUAGAACCAAUGAUCUACAAGGUACAAGAUAACUCGACCCAAGCACCUUUGACGAAUACCUUGGGGUAAAUAAAGAAAGCUCAAGAACUUAGUCUGUAAAAGAGCCUUUUCCUACUACACCUAAUGAAGAGAAAAUACCAAUGCUUUAUGUAGAUAUAAAUUUAGGGCAAGGUAACAUGGAGAGGGUAGUAGUAUUCCCUGGAAAUUCAGCGCUUGACCUAGCAAACGAUUUCGCAAAGAGACAUAAUCUCGAUAACGAUACAAAGCAAAAACUUAAAGACCUGCUAGACUAAUAGAUACAAAAUGUGGCUCUAAAUGGUAUACAAUGA